AUGGGUCGUGUCCGUACUAAGACUGUCAAGCGUGCUUCGAAGCAGCUGAUUGAGAAAUACUACCCCCGUCUCACACAGGAUUUUGAGACUAACAAGCGUUUGAUUGACUCUGUCGCUUAUGUUCCCUCCAAGCGUCUUCGCAACAAGGUUGCUGGUUACACUUCGCACCUCAUGCGCCGUAUCGCAAAGGGUCCCGUGAAUGGCGUCUCUUUCGCUCUCCAGGAGGAAGAGCGUGAGCGUCGUGACCAGUACGUUCCCGAAGUUUCUGCUUUGGACGUUAUUGUUGAGGACGGCUUGCAGAUCGAUCCUGAUACUCAGGACCUUCUCAAGGGUCUCGGUCUCAACGUCAAGGCUAAGGUUGCAGAGGUCUCUGUCCACUCUGUUGACCGUAAAUUCCGCAAGAAGAACUAA